AUGGGGAACACAUGCUUCCUGAAUGUGGUCAUCCAAGCUCUGACUCACACACCGGUAUUGCGCGACUUCUUGCUGGCCGAUUUGCAUCGGUGCGACAAUCCGGCUCGUUCUCGAAGCUGUUUGGCCUGUGAGAUGAUUCGCGUCACACAAGAGAUUUACAGUCCGGUUCUGACCCCCUUCGUUCCGAGCAAUCUACUGUACGCGAUCUGGCUCCAUGCUAGCCAUUUGGCCGGCUACGAGCAGCGAGAUGCGCACGAAUUCCUCAUUACCUUACUGACUUUGAUUCAUGGCCAUCUGGUCGGUGAACACGUGCCGCUGAGUGAAACGGCCAGUGAACCUUGUCUUCCGGCCAAACGUCGACAUCUUGGUCCGGAUCGUCUGUCAGAUGAUUCAAACGGUUCGGACGAUCUGAAGCGUUUGCCACUCCUCCCUGAUCAUCAUCCUAUUCCCUCGGUGAACGGAACCAAGGACGUCAAACGUUCGCCGCGUUCCGCCUCCGAGUCACACGCAACCGUGGUGGACUCGGCCAGUUCACAGACUUCAGCGUCUAGUUCACGUGAUAGCAGUGGUGAAUCUUGUGAUUGUAUUGUACAUCAGGUGGGUUUGCAAAUGUACACAGACCGCGGAUCCUUGUGA